AUCACUUCGCUAAUUCACCCCGCUUUGCUUUGCUCUUACGCUGUUAGUCAAUUCGAGUUCUCUGUCGGAUCAUAGGCCUACCCCUCCCUCGGCCUGCUCUCAGCUCCGUUGCAUUUGUUUAGCGAUUCUUGUUUUCAGUCCCUUCCAAGAAGCUGUUUUAACGCAAUCUUUUAGACUUGACGGAUGGGGCAGGUAGUGGCCAAGCUUCUCUCCAGCAUUUUAUGGCCGAGCAAGCAGCUCGCGAUACUCAUGCUCGGCCUUGACAACGCUGGUAAGACGACGCUGUUGUACAAAUUGAAGCUCGGGGAAAAGGUAAUCACCGUGCCGACGAUUGGAUUCAACGUUGAGUCCAUCCAGUAUAGGAAUGUGAACUUCACGGUGUGGGACGUCGGGGGCCAAGACAAGAUCCGGCCUCUGUGGAAGUACUACUUCGACAACGCCCAGGGGUUGAUUUUCGUGGUAGAUAGCAACGACAGGGAGAGACUGUUGGAAGCGCGAGACGAGCUGCAGAGAUUACUGGCCGAGCCCGACCUCCGCGUUGCGAAGGUGUUGGUGUUUGCUAACAAGCAGGACCUGCCGUAUGCCGCGAAUGUGGCCGAAGUGACUAACAAGCUGGGACUGCUAGCGAUGCGGGAACCACAAUGGUUCGUGCAAGGAUGCUGUGGCACCACCGGCGAAGGCCUGCACGAAGGGCUCGAGUGGCUCGCUGCGGCCCUCCGCGACGCUUCGUAAAUUCUCCCUCAGCUUUCGUAAAUGAUCCCUCAUUUGUUGCUCAGCUUCAUGCACAUUGACUAACAUAACAUGGCAUCUGAAAUUCUCGAUGCUUAAAUCUACCAUUUACAACGUACUAUUGCAAAGAAAUGACAGCAAAGAAACCAUUUUUAUUUUGUGGGCUAUGCUAUGAAUCACACACUUGCUAUCAGAAGAUCAAAAUUCAUCUCCAACACCGCUGACUCUGUUACACACACAAAUCUGGCAUUACUUACCCAAAUUCGACCAUAUCACAUGUACGGUCACAUCCACAUGGAGAUACAUUGUGCGGGACAAUUCUUAUUCCGGACCGGCGGUUAGACUAUUGAGCAAUAUCUGGUAAUAGAGCUGCGAAUGGGACUUGAUUACAUGAUUUACACACAAAUUAGAAUGUGUAGGCACAAUCUAGCGUCUGCUUACAUGAAAUAGGAGACUUCGUUGGUAUCUGUCGAGGUCAAAGUUGGGUCGUAGCAUUGGUGGGCUCAAUCUCGUGCGAACAACACCGGUUAGGUAGACUUGGAUUCCUUGAGCUAAUGAGGCCUUUUACCGACGAAGUCACCGGGCAGAUUGUGGUUGCAUAAACGUCAGACGUGACCGCCAAGAAACCCAAGUGAUGAUGGUCUUCAAUAUGUUUUGUGCAAGCAUACAAAAUUGGGUUUUUUGCUAGUUUGAUAGCAUAUUGAUUGUUGCAGUGAAGUAAUGUUGGAAUUGUGUCUAGGUUGGCGUCUAGGUUGGUUUUAAUCUAAGAGCUUGCUAGGUUGAGUGAGAAGACCAAGUUUGAAGGUGAAUACAUUCCUAAUUCAGUAACUAGUCUGCUGAAC